AUCGUUGAGACGAUGAAACAUCGGUUUUCAUUUCGUUCUUUUAUUAUUUAAAGUUCAUUCAAUAUUUUCUUGUUCAAUGUUGCCGUGUAUAUCGUUGACUAGUUUUACUCGCUCGGCGAAAAUGUUUAUUUACUUACGAUUUACUUGUUACGAAAAUUAUAAUAAUAAAUAAAUCAAAAAGUGUGUUUUAUUCGCGAAAAAUGAACGAUGGCAGUGAUGGUUUCCAAUAUAAGCGGACAUAUACAAAACCAGUUGACUAGAUCUUUAGAACGAAUAUUGGAAGAGGCGAACCAAAGCGGGGAACUGAAGUUGAGCAACAGAAAGCUGAAGGAUUUUCCAAAAACCAAUGAAAAAUAUAAUUUAAGUGAUACAGUAAUUGCAGAUUUGUCGAAAAACCGAUUUUGCGAGUUGCCCGAUGAAGUGUUGGGUUUCCAUUUUUUGGAAAAGCUUCACUGUUACCACAACGCCAUACGUUUCGUACCCGAAACGGUAUGCAGCCUUCAAUGCCUCAAUUUCAUAGAUCUCAGUAGGAAUCAGCUGACGAGUCUUCCCAGGGAAUUAUGUCAGUUGCCAAUACAGAUUUUACUAGUGUCAAACAAUUCCCUAUCUUCCCUACCGGACGAGCUGUGCCGCAUGUCCCAACUAACGGAACUGGACGCGUCCUGUAACCAAUUGACGCACCUGCCGCCCCGUUUAGGCGAACUCAAAUCGCUGCAAUCCUUGGUGCUUCGUAACAAUCUCCUGCUGGCCGUGCCGAUCGAACUGACCUGUCUGAAGCUGGUGAGGCUGGACCUCAGGGCGAACAGAAUCGGCAAUCUUCCGAUCGAAUUGAGGAACAUGGCCAGUCUGAUCGAGUUGGCUGUCGAGGAUAAUCCUUUGACUAGUCCACCUGCGAGCUUGUGCAAACGUGGCAGAGUGCAUAUCUUCAAAUACCUAGAACUAGAAGCUUUAAAAUUUGAUAAAAGGACGGAACCCGGCGGUGGAACCUUGAGCAGGAGAUCGAGAAGGUGUGGUGCUGGCUCAUCACCUGGUCCCUUGCAUCUCACCGAUAAGCUGAAACACAAAAGACAAAACGUAGAUAGCGGAUAUAGCACCAGUAGCGACGGCUACGAUAAGCGAUGGUCUCAGGAAAUAACAAUACGAACUGCUGAUCAAAAUGGCACCCAAUCGACUUUAUCCACACCUUCAACGUUAUCGCCGGCACUCGAAAAUAACAAUGACGAAGAAAUCUGCAAAAGCAACGAAUUCGACAAACUAGAUGGCCUAAAAAACAGAGAAUAUGCCAGUGUACGUCUUAGCCCGUGCCCUGACACAUUUUCUAACGGUAAUGGGAUUGAUGAUAAAAAACCUUUGCAUCAAAUUCAAACAUACAGGGAGUACAAAGAAGCCCUAAAACAGCAACGGGCACAAGACGUGCCUUCAAUAUAUCGAACAAAAGACGACCAAAGCUACAAAACAGAACCAAAUACCCCCACCCACCAUGCAACGCCCUCCCAAACCUUAUCCACCUCACGUUCCGAUCCCACGCCUUUAAAUUCCGCUUUCAGUAAUCCUAAAACGAUAUUCGACGAUACUAGUCCCACGAAAAAGCCCAUCCAAAAGGUCCCACCAUCCCGAACCUACUCGCCUAGUCAUAGUCCGCACCUCAACGGGUUAAGCGACAGCAGAAAUGCUAACGGAUCGCCUCGAUUGACCACUUACGUCAAACCCAAAUCGCCUAUGAAAGGAUCCAGUGAUAUCAUGUCACACGACAACGUGCCUAAUGUUAAAUCUGUGAUGACCAACGGGAAACUGGCGAGUCCCAAGUUGGGGUUGUGCAAUUCUGCGCCUAGGAGUCCAAAGGUGACGAAAAAUAUUAGUUGGAAUCAAGACGCCAGCGAUAAGAUGACGUUUACGAUGCGGAGAGAGAUAGACAAGGCGAAGGAAGAGACUGACUUGAUUAAUCAGUUAAGAAAUAUCAUUGAAUCUAGACUGAAAAUGGUUUUACCUGAAGAUUUGGCUCCUGCUUUGACGGACGGAGUAGUUUUAUGUCAUUUAGCGAAUACUAUCAAGCCUAGGUCGGUGGCCAGCAUUCAUGUGCCAUCUCCAGCUGUUCCCAAGUUGACUAUGGCUAGAUGUAGAAGGAACGUGGAAAACUUUAUAGAAGCUUGUCGGAAAAUUGGCGUAGACGAGAAUCUUCUGUGUUGCGCUGCAGACGUUCUAGAAGGUAAAGGUUUGGUGCAAGUAGCUGUGACUGUAACGGAACUGUUGAGGUUUCAUUUACCCAAAUCGCCCCUGCAUACCACUUCGAUGUCGACGGUGGUUUAAAUAAAUUCUUAUUAACAUCCUCGAUUUAUCAAUAUAGAAUUUGAAGAGUAGAUUAAUAAAUUUCGCAUUAAGUAAUUCGCUAGUAUGCCAAAAUUAUUAAAUUAUACGCCAUAACACAAUUCUCCAUUAUAGAACUUAUGAAUUUUUAGGCUGUGGAAAAUGCAUUAUCGACUUUAAUUUUGACUUAUGAAAUUGCUGAUUUCACAAGCACUAAAACUUUAUCAUAAUUCCACUUUUACUUCAAUAUAAUCGAGGUCGUUAAUAGAAAAAUUGAGAUAUUUUGACUGAAACAAGCAAUUCAUUUAAAAUUAGCAGUAUUAUUCAUUAUUAUGUAUUUCUAAAACCACUAAAUUAUAGAUAAGUUAGACCACAAACAUUUACAGAUUACUUCUUUAAUUACGCAAUAAUUGCUUGUAUUCGGUCAUUUUAAAACAGGUGCUACUAUCACCAGGGAAAAAACUUUCAACAUUCCUUUUUUUGUGACAUAAACAUUAAUAUUUAUUUUUAUCAUUCCAAAAUCAUAUUUGAUUACAAUAUUUUUAAAAUAAAACUUCAUUUAAGUCUGACAGAUGACACUUUUGACAGGAACAACUUGUGUCAUCUGUAAAACGUCAAAAUGUAGACGAUAUUUAAUUGUGAAAUGUAAAUUUACCUCCAACACAAUGAUUUUUGCAUUUUUUCAUAAUUAAAUUUUAUAUUUCUUUCCGUGCUGGUAGUAGACACUAUCUCGAAACUGCAGGAGAAGUUGUGUCGAGGUUAGAAUGAUUCUAAUCGAUUUUUAUGUGUGAUUAUACAAUUUAAGAUGUAUUCGAAUAUUAAUUAACUAUUUAGUGUAUAUUUUUUUAAUUUAUUUUCAUUUUAUACUUUUUAUAAAAGAAACAUAUCGGAAUGUCAUGAACAAAAUAUAUGUAUAAAUUUAUUUCUUCGUAAGUUUCGUAUUCAGUAAUAAUCGUGAAUAUUUUAAUUGCCGCUAAUGUAGAAUUAAUACAGGGUGUUCCAAAAAUAUUUAUGAAGAAUUAUGAUAAAAUCGGAUUUUAUUGAAUGAAUCAAUUGUUUAUAUCUGGCAGUUAAAAUAUUUACUUUUACUACUACAGUUAUUUUUUCAAUUAAAAAUACAAUUUUAUACUAUCCUCGCUUAAUGUUUUUUGUUUGUGAGAGACACAAAUCUGUAUUGUUUACUCAAAUUGCUAACAAUGUAAAGUGUUUUAUAUUUGACAAUACUUUUUAUAUAAUCAAAAUAUUUUCGACUACCUAAAGCUCAAUCAAAUUAGAUCAGGCCGAGAGACUGUUUAUUAUGAAUCGGACGUAUUUAGGAAAAAUUACUGAUUUUUUUUUAAUUCAAAUGAAUUCUAAAUUAAUUUUUAUAUUUUUCAGUAUUUAAUAGUAAGAUUCUGGCCUGAAUUUUCACAAAACUUUGCACAAAUUGUACCUAAAAUAUGUAAGAUGUUUAAAUUUUCGUCGGGCUACUUAAAAGUUUUCUUUAAUUAUCGUAUUUGUUAAAAAACUAGUUAUAUUUAUAAAAUUAUGUUAUAAAGUUCGACGAAGUCAAAGAGAAUCGUUGACAUUUUAAAAUAGUGACGUCACUUGUAUACAUUUAUUAUUUAUUUUUGACGUUUCAUUCUUGUUUGGACAUUGUAAUUAUAGAUUAUACGAAUAUUAAUCCAUAUUGUUCCACCCUAUUUUUUUUUUUAAUUAAAUGUAAUAUUUCACCUUAUCGAAAUCGAUCAGUUAGUAUCAUUUUUGUGGACAUAAAUGUUUCCCACAUUUUUUGUCUACAACUUUCGGCUUGUUUACAGGUUUUUAAUUUUUUUGCAAAUAGCUCAUCUGUAUCGUUCCAAAGAUAUUUUUUAUUUUUGAAAGACUAUGAUCGCUGUGUGGCCAAAUCCGGAGAAUAUGUUGAUUGUUUUGUAAGUUGCAGAGACUGGAACCUAUUAAUAAAUUUAUUUUAGGUUUACAAAUAAGUCAGUGACGGAACGUGGAGAUUAACCUCGGUAAAAUUGUUGAUUGAUUUGUGUUCUGAUCAAUUUCUCUUUGACUUUGUUCAUAAAAUCGGACGAGUGUCAUAAUUUUAAUGUGGUGUAUCAAACAAAGACUAAAAUUUUAAGUAAUCUUAUAGUGCCAAAGAUUUUCUGUAAUUUCUAAUUUGUAAUUGCCAGUUGCUCUACAUGAAAUAUAAUAAUUUUAAGUACCCACUGACCUGGUUAGAAAAUUAGAGAAAUUAUUUUUUUUUAAAGACUGGUACUUAAGUGGUGAAAUAUUUUCGAUAUUCUCAAUUUUUGAAUUUUGUAUUUUGUGUGAUCGAUUAAUUGUGUUUUUGUGAUAAGUAUAUUGUACAAGAUGCAACAAUGAUGUUUAAAAUUAAAUGAAUAUUAAAAAAAAAAAUAAAAUAAAAUAGAUAAUUUUGUUGUUACAUCUUGUAAAUCAUUGGGUUAUUGAUACGAACCACAUAGUUAUGAGCUAACUUCAAUUAUCUAGUCAGUUAAUAAACAGUACUUUUUC